AUGACAGACACACGCAUUCCAAUCAUCCUCGACUGUGAUCCGGGGCACGACGAUGCGGUGGCGAUGUUUCUUGCGUGGGGCUCGCCGGCUAUCGACCUACUUGCAGUCACGACGGUUGGGGGAAACCAGACGCUGGGCAAGGUGACGCGGAACGCACAGUCCGUGGCGACCGUGGGGGGUAUUACGGCGCCUGUGGCGGCGGGUUCAGUGCGCCCUCUCGUCCGCCCCGUCGUCGUGGCGGACAGCGUGCACGGCGUGACGGGUCUCGAUGGGCCAGCGCUCCCUCCACCGUCUCAACCUCUCGAUAAACGGCACGCAGUCGACCUGAUUAUCGAGACGGUCAAUUCGCGUCCUGGACAAGUGACGCUCGUCGCUACGGGACCACUCACAAACCUCGCCCUGGCGGUGCGGACAGCGCCCGAGAUUGUCAAGAAUGUGAAAGAGGUGGUGGUGAUGGGCGGGGCGAUUGGGGUCGGUAACUGGUCGGCGGCGGCUGAGUUCAACAUUGUCGUCGAUCCCGAGGCAGCCGCGAUCGUCUUCGGCGCCGGAUGGAAGGUCACGAUGGUCGGGCUGGACGUCACUCACAGCGCGCUCGCUACGCCCGAGAUCGUCGAGCGUAUCGGUGCGCUCGGGACUGGCCCGGCAAAGUUCCUCUGCGAGGUGCUCGCGUUCUUUGCCGACACGUACAAGCGCACGCAGGGGUUCGAUGCGCCACCAGUCCACGAUCCCGUUGCUGUCGCGUACGUCAUUGACCGCGCGGUGCUCGAGGUGUUACAGGCGCCGAUCGAUGUUGAGACCCAGGGCCGCCUCACGACCGGCAUGACGGUCGUUGACCGGCGCAUGCCGGCACCAGCCGACUGCAAGACGUUUGCGGCGACGGGGAUCGAUGUGACUCGCUUCUGGGAUCUGGUGGUGGACGCUCUGCAGCGCAUCGGGGAGCCGAGUUAG